UGUAAGUAGAUUUCCACUGGCUGUGGAACAAGAAACGAGGAACUCGACAGAUUCAGACAAAAAUGCCAUACAAAUCCACGCGGACGACAAGGCUCCGGCCUAGGAAACCGCAACCAAAGAAGAAAGAAAGACACGUACCAGAGAGAAAAGCCAUAGAAAGCGCUCCCCGAUGCACCAGACAGACAAGAACCAGUCUCCAAGCUAUAUCACCUCAGACUUCCCAUCCGUAUGAUUUACGGAACAAACGAACACGAUGUGCCAGUAACCUUGACAGUGCAUUAUUACCCAACUCGGGACCCCCACCAUUGAAACGAUCCCGACGGUCAAGGGUCAACAAGAAUUUCUCCAAAAACUCAUCACAUCAAGGUAUAUGUGGAGCCCACUACCUUCAACAAGAUCUACCUGAUGAAGUCCUGCUGAAGAUAUUUAGCUACUUGCUAGAGUUUGACUUGUGCAGAGCAGCACAGGUGUGCAAGCGCUUCAAUGUCAUAGCCAAUGAUGUGGAGCUUUGGAAGAAUCUCUAUCAGCAAGUAUUUGAGUAUGACUAUCCAUUGAUGAACCCAGAACCCAAGGAGUUCAUUUUCCUUCACCCAAGUGACAUGGGCAGAGAUUUUAACAAUGAUUGGAAGGAAAGCUUCAAGCAGCUGUACCGAGGUAUCCAUGUGAGACAAGGCUGCUUUGAGCUGUAUAACCCUCACCACAGUGGCAGGCAUAAAGGCAGGAAUAUGAUGUGUUUUGACACCAUUGAGCAGGCUUUGGACACAGAAGAAGUGGCUGAAGACAACAGGCUCAUCUUUGUCCAUACAGGCAUCUACCAGGGAGAAUUCUUGGUCAUUGAUAACAAUGUCUCCAUAUUGGGUGCAGCUCCUGGCAAUAUUAUCGAUCAUGUGAUCAUUGAACGAGAGAGCGAUUCCACUGUCAUGUUCAUGGAAGGAGCAAAAGAUACAUAUUUAGGCUAUGUAACAUUAAAGUUUUCACCCAGCAUAACGUCCUCUGUCCCUCAUCAUAAACAUUAUGCCCUAGAAGUCACAGAAAACUGUUCCCCCAUAAUAGACCAUUGUCGUAUCAAAAGCACUUCCGUUGUUGGAGCAGCUGUGUGUGUGUCAGGAGUAGGAGCAGAACCUCACAUUAAGAACUGCUACAUCAAGGACUGUGAAAAUGUGGGGCUGUAUGUCACAGAUUAUGCACAGGGUCACUAUGAAGAUAACGAGAUCAUUGGCAAUGCCUUGGCUGGAGUUUGGGUGAAGAACCAUGCUAAUCCUAUCAUGAGGAGAAAUCACAUACAUCAUGGCAGAGAUGUCGGCAUUUUCACCUUUGAUAACGGACUGGGCUACUUUGAAGCCAAUGACAUCCACAACAACCGAAUCGCUGGGUUUGAGGUGAAGGCUGGCGCUAACCCCACGGUGGUGAAGUGUGAAAUACACCACGGCCAGACUGGUGGCAUUUACGUCCACGAGAAUGGCAGAGGCCAGUUUAUAGAGAACAAGAUCCACUCAAAUAAUUUUGCUGGAGUGUGGAUUACCUCAAACAGCGAUCCCACUAUUAGGAAAAAUGAAAUCUACAAUGGUCACCAGGGUGGUGUGUAUAUAUUUGGCGAAGGGAGAGGUUUAGUAGAACACAACAACAUACAUGGCAAUGCAUUAGCAGGCAUCCAAAUAAGGACAAACAGUAACCCUAUAGUCCGGCACAAUAAAAUACACCAUGGACAGCAUGGAGGGAUUUAUGUGCAUGAGAAGGGCCAGGGUCUGAUAGAGGAAAAUGAGGUGUACUCCAACACUCUGGCUGGGGUGUGGAUCACCACAGGCAGUACACCUGUCCUCCGCCGUAACCGCAUUCACAGCGGCAAGCAGGUUGGAGUUUAUUUUUACGAUAAUGGCCAUGGAGUGCUGGAGGAAAAUGACAUAUUUAACCACCUAUAUUCAGGAGUUCAGAUACGGACGGGCAGCAACCCUCUAAUACGACGUAACAAAAUUUGGGGUGGUCAAAAUGGAGGUAUCCUGGUGUACAAUGGUGGACUGGGAAUGAUUGAACAUAAUGAAAUAUUUGAUAACGCCAUGGCUGGAGUGUGGAUUAAAACGGACAGCAAUCCUGUCUUAAGGCUGAAUAAAAUCCAUGAUGGUCGGGAUGGUGGCAUCUGCAUAUUCAAUGGAGGCAAAGGCAUUCUAGAAGAGAAUGACAUUUUCCGCAAUGCUCAGGCUGGCGUCUUGAUUAGCACGCAGAGUCACCCGAUUCUCAGGCGGAACAGAAUCUUUGAUGGCAUGGCUGCUGGUGUGGAAAUAACCAACAACGCUACAGCUACACUAGAAGGCAACAAGAUUUUUAACAAUAAAUUUGGAGGAUUGUGCCUGGCCAGUGGCGUAACUCCAGUACUCAAAGAUAACCUCAUCACUGGUAACCAUAAUAUGGUGGAAAAGGCCGUCGGGAACGGACAAUGUUUGUACAAAAUCUCCAGUUAUACGAGCUUCCCCAUGCAUGACUUCUAUAGAUGUCGGACAUGUAACACAACAGAUCGCAAUGCCAUAUGUGUUAACUGUAUCAAAACCUGCCACGGAGGUCAUGAGGUUGAGUUUAUCCGACACGAUCGCUUUUUCUGUGAUUGUGGGGCGGGUACGCUGAAUAAUGCCUGUCAGCUACAAGGGGAGCCCACCCAGGAUACGGACACUCUGUACGAUUCAGCAGCCCCCAUGGAGUCACAUACACUUCGAGUCAACUGAUUACCUCCCUUGGCUGGCAUUUUUUUAACAACCAGAGUAUUUCUUACACAAUGCAUACAGUAUAUUAUUGUGCUGUGUUAACCUAGAAAUGCUGACGGAUUAUCAGUUCCUGUGUUAGGUCUGUUCAUCACCACAGUCCGGAGAGGCCUGCUGAAAUCUUGAGUGUAUAAUACACGGAUAAGUGCAGGCCAAAAUUGUUCACUUGGCCAGUCUUGUGGGCUACUACUCCAAGUACUGAACACAAGGCAUGGAGAACACCAUUCACCUGUAUAAUCCAGUUCACAAAAAUCACACCCACUUGCCCAUUGGGUCACCACAACCCACUUUACACCAAAGGAUUGCUGUCAAAUUUGUUUUUCUACUCUGAUGAUUAUUGUGCUUCAUAUUGACCAUUUUGAAAGGAAUGUCUGUGUCAUUGCCAUAGGUUACAAAGUUAUCUCCCUUGCUUCUGCACACUGCAGUGUUUUGUAGGAGCGAGGUGUUCCAAAGUCAGAGCUGCAGGCACUGAUCACUGUCUGGUCUCAAGAGAUGUGCCUCAAUCUGCAUGCAGCACUUGUUAUUGUGUCUUUCCUAACAGUUUGCAGCCAGAAUUGUUCUGCAGCAUAGGAACAGAUGUAGACUUCAUUCGUUUGAUAAAAACAAAAAUCAAUUCCGCAGCCAAAAUUUAGUUGUAGUCACCUCAUAAUUGCAAAGUAUAUAUUAUUAUUAUUAUUAUAUAAUUAUUAUUAUUCUUAUUAUGUUUAUUUAAUAGUGAUAUUCAGCGCUAACCACAUAUAAAUGUUGUCAAGUCACAUUGUUUUGUACAGUCCUCAGAUACUUCGCUGUCACAGGUAUUGGAACUGCCACUGAAAAUGUUGUUUUGUAUAAAACUGUAGCUGAGAGUGCUGCUAUGGUUUAACAAAUGUUUUUAUUUUGUAUAUUAAAGGGACUGAGUGUGGUACAUAUGUGGGAAUGGAAACACAUACAUACAUUGUACAUAACUGAAUCAUCUUAUGGGUGCGAGUGUACUUGUUGUCUGUUGUUGUUGUUGUAUAUAUUUACAUAUAUAGUCAUAGGUUAAGUUCUACAUAGUUGCUCUUCCCCCAUCAAAUGGUCUCAGUUCAUUAUUGCACAGAUUUGCUCCUGGAUAACCUCUGCCUUCCAGACCCCACACAACAUGCAUGAAUUUGUGAAACCAGUGUCAAACUAGUUAUAUUGAUGCUUGAAUGAAUUUGUGUGAGAAUGCAGAGGACAAAAGGUUAUGUUCACAAAUUUUCAGAGAUGCAUAAUCUCAUCCAAAUUGGCCUAUGUUUUGUUAAAGCGUGGUCCUGUUACUGAUGCUAAGUUACAUAGUUGGGCUUUGUCUAAAAAGACUGAAUGCAUGAUACAUUGAACUUUACAUUCUGCAGUAAAGUUUGUUUAUAGGUCACUGCCUAUUAGAAUUUGUCAAAUACCAUCAGCCUGGUCACUGUCAAGGUUCAUCUGUGCCUAAGGGACAUUAGGUGGUAUGCAGGUUAAGUUCCCAGGAGGAGAUAACUCUGUAGCUUAGAACAGCUCAUUUCUUCCCAACCCAUCUUGUAAAUUGUAUGUUAUGCCCUAGUUGUUCCUUGUUUAGAGAAU